AUGGCAAUCUCCAAGCAGCUGAAGCUGUUGCUUACCAGCGGCUCGCUUAUCGCAGCCGCGCUGGCCAGUCCCGUACAGAAGCCACUCAACGACGACGACAUCGACGACACACCACUGCCGCUGGUCAUCUGGCAUGGCCUAGGAGACAGCUACUCGGCCGCCGGCCUGCGUGAAGUCGGCGCCCUUGCCGACGCCAUCAACCCCGGCACGCUCAUCUACUUUAUCCGCAUGGACGAUGACGGCAGCCGCGAUCGUUCCGCCACCUUCCUCGGCAACGUGACCGAGCAAGUUGCCAAAGCCUGUGCCGACAUCGCCGCGCACCCGAUCCUCUCUACCGCGCCCGCCAUCGACGCCCUCGGCUUCAGCCAAGGCGGCCAGUUUCUGCGGGGGUACAUCGAGCGUUGCAACAAUCCACCCGUCCGCAACCUUGUUACUUUUGGCUCCCAACACAACGGCAUCAGCGCCUUCCGCGACUGCCCCUGGUCCGACUGGGUUUGCCGCGGCGCCAUGGCGCUGCUCAAGGGCAACGCCUGGACGCAGUUCGUCCAGAGCCGGCUCGUACCCGCGCAGUACUAUCGUAACCUGGACGAGUACGAGCAAUAUCUCGAGCACUCCAAUUUCCUAGCUGACAUCAACAAUGAGCGGAUGUUCAAGAAUCGGACCUACAGGGAGAACCUGGCCAAGCUGGAGAAUCUGGUACUGUACAUGUUUGAGGACGACACGACGGUGGUACCCAAGGAGACAGCUUGGUUUGAAGAGGUUAAUGGCACCGAGAUCACGCCCCUCCGUGCGAGGAAGAUGUACUCGGAGGACUGGAUCGGGCUGCGUGAGUUGGAUCGCAAAGGCGGAUUGCACUUCCGCACGGUGCCGGGCGAUCAUAUGCAGCUUACGGACCAGUUGCUGAAUGAGACGUUUGCCGAGUUCUUUGGGCCGAUAAAGAAGGCCAAGAAGAGUGCUCCGAGGCCGAUUAUGCUUGGGGGCGGUGACCUCUGACGACGAUGCAUAGUAGUUUUGGUCAAAGGUGCCUUGUGGAAUUCUGAGGGGUGGUUGGCUCCUCAAUAUAUAGCAGCAGCUCUGUUUUAGGGAUUUUUUUUCUUAGGGGGUUUGGAUUUAGGACAAACAAUUCGAUCAAUUCAUGGAUUG